UAUAAAAAAAGCAUUUUUGCAAUGGUGCAAUUUGUUUCUUCUGACAUCAUAGUUUUACUAUUUUUACUAGAUGUCGCUACCACUUUUGUUCCAAGCGUUUCCGAUAUUAGAAAUGAUCUUAAUGGUGUAGAUACUAGAAGAAAGAAGAGCAAAAAAGAUAGAUCCACAUCAUCUUCAGAACAGGCCAAAGGAAAAGACAGCAAGAGUUCGGAUAAAGAAAGUUUGGAUCUAUCGUCUCAGGAAUUCACAAGUUCAUCAGAAGAUUUAAAAGGUCGAUCAGAUAGACCGAAAUCAUCAGAAGAAAGAAGAGGAUGGAGAAAAUGGCACCGAAAGUGUCCACCAUGCCCAGAAGACAUGGCGAAGAAAUGGCGAGACCCAACCAUCGAAUGGAUCUGUGGGGCUUACCAGAGAGCUCGAAGAUCCUUCAAAAGCCUUUGCAUGAUGCAUUACAGAAACUGCCAAGAUGGAACCAUGUUCGUCAAAAUACACGAUCAAAGAUGCGCGAAUGACACAGGCCGCGAUCAGCGCCGUGGGGUUCAUUUCUUUUACGAUUAUAAAGUACUGUUGAGUGAAGAUUCGUCAGAGAGCACUGGAAGCUCCAGCAGCUUUACCGAAGACACCUCUGAUUGGUAACAGAAUUAUGAAUAUGAAGACUUAAAAAA